AUGGGCUCGCAGCUUCGACAAGCCAAAAAUGAGCAUGUAUUGGCAAAACCAAGACUAAAAGGCAUGUCUUCAAUAAAAAGGAUUUACGCAGGUACUUGUUGCGUGUACGUAGAGCUUAAUAUGUUUUCGUCGACAUAUCGCGAAGUUUGGCAAUCGUGCAAGGCUUUGUUUGCUGCACUGAUGCCAAGGCUAGCACAAAUUUGCUGUAGCCAAGCAUAUCUUUCUAUCACACGUGCGGCCCAGGUGCAGCGUUGCCUUCUUGUACAGUACUUGCAGCUGCUUUUCUUGUCGAUGCUGAAAGUUCAAAGCUUAAAUGACGAUGCAACUAUAUGCCGAAGACCCUCGACGUGCGCAAGCAAAAGCUGUGCUGUAUUCCGAAGCAUCAAUUUGGCAAGCGAUUGUGACUUGACCGAAGUGUGCUGUACGGGUCAGAGUGUAUCAGAUCGGCUACCGAAUACCGUUUACCAAAGUGUCUAUCUGAUCGAAGAACGAGACGUAUACCAGCAAGUCCACUUUGCUCGCUAUCAUGCAGAAGUCAAUUUCCCUACUUUAUGUCGACAUGUCUCAGCUAAAAGACUGUGA